AUGAAAUGGGAUACAAAUUUAAAGAAAAGGUUGAACCAAACAUUUCAAGCAAUAAGAAAGCUCGACUUCCCACGCCAUGACACUUUCUCAGUUCUGUCCUCACUCGAUGUAUUUUCGGAUCUAUUGGCGGACGCAGUCGUGGGAACUACUUCGUCUCCUAAAAAGAAGAGAAAGCACUCGGAUCAUGUAUCCAAGAAGUCGAAAAAGAAGAAGAAGCAAUCAAAGUCAUACCAACUGCCUUCCAUCCCAUCUCCAUCCAUCUCUGAUGAUACUCUUGGAGUAGAUUUAGAUGAGCCCACAUCUCCUCAUAAAUCUGGUACAACAUCUAAGUCACUUCAUUUUUUAGAUUCCUUGUUUCAAGUUCCAUCUGCUUAUGUCGAAUCAUCAUCCCCAGCUCUAGUUUCACCAGCAUGCUUUCAGUCGGAUAUAGAAGGUCCAAGCAAUCGUGUCUCCUUGGAUUAUGACUCACUUGAGGACGAUGAACAAGCAGGUGAAAAACAAUAUGAACAUGAAGAUCUUCCUAAAAGCUCUCCGGUACAAGAUAAUCAAGAUGAGGAUACUCCAAUGCAAACGGUAGACAUACCUUUGUGUGAAGGGCUGAUAGUUGAUGAUAAGCCAAACGACACGUCAGUUGUCCUAUACUCCAAAGCAUCUACCAGGACAUUCAGCAAUGAUCUUGAUAACUACUCUCCCUCACCUCAAAAAGAGUCUCAAGAACAUGAUGAUACUCAAGAAGCUAAGUUCUGUUCUUUUCCACUAGAUCCUCCUCAGUACAAUGGUACUCCAGCAGAUACAAAUGAAGAAUAUACAUCUGAACCAGAGCCUGAGCGUAUUAGACUAAUUGCUCAGAUGUUAGCUGACGGCAUUGAGGAAAUCCGUUUUCGUACAUCUUCUCAUUUUGAAUAUCUAGAUAAGUUUCAAGGAUAUCUUGAACGCAUGGAAGAUAAUUUAUCUGGUUCAAAUGAUAGGCCACCUAAACUAGAGGGGGAAAAGGUCAACAAGUCCAGAUCAAGUCAGUCUCCUAUCAUACAUCAAAAUCUAGACUCACCAAAUGAGUUUGAGAAAAGGAGACUAGAGAAAUUAGAGUCACUCGACAAAAUGGCUGUUGACGCAAGAUUAAAAGCUCAACAGAAUAGAGCAAAGAUGGCAGAAAUAGAAAAGGAACUCAUUCGAAAACAAGGGAUCAAGGAUCCAGCUCUAUAA